GUCCCACCUUUUUGUUCACAUUAUUGAUCAUUAAUUUGUACAUUUUCCAUCUCUCUCUUUCAGCUUUUAUAGCCGACAUGCCCUACAACUCUACUCUUCCCUGUCAUCAAGAAAUCUUGAUCAAGUUCCAUUCUUUAAUUAUACCAACUCUCAUUUGAUUGGAUCUUUGCCGUUAUUCAUUACAAUUGGAAUCAAUCAAACCUGUAGUUACCAUCUCUUCAAAGAUUCAGUUCAGAAAGAAUCUGGGUUUGAAUCAAUUCUCUGUGUGUGUUCUUGGUGAAGGUUGUUUAUCUCCCAUGGAGGCUAAAGAUACAUCAUCAUCAUCAUCAUCUUGUUUUCAAGAAAUCUUGAUAAAGUUCCAUUCUUUAAUUAUACCAAGUAUCAUUUGAUAGGAUCUUUACUGCAAUUCAUUAAAAUUGGAAUCUGGGUGAAGGUUGUUUAUCUCCCAUGGAGGCUAAAGAUACAUCAUCGUCAUCUCCAUCAAAUCUUCAUCCACCUUCAAAUUAUGAUGAAAUCUUCAUGCAACGCAGCUUGCUCUUUGCUGAUAGUCUCAAGGACUUGAGGACUAUACGAACUCAGUUGUACUCGGCUGCAGAGUUCUUUGAAGAUUCGUAUCAUGGAAAUGAUCAUGACCAAUUAUUGUUUGAAAGCUUAAAAGAUUAUGUGUCGAAAGCUCUCAUUAGCACCAUCGAUCAUUUGGGCUCUGUGACCUCUAAAGUCGAUAGUUUCUUGAAUGAAAAUGUCGAUGAAGUUUUUGAAACAAAUCUUGGAGUAUUAUGCAUGGAACAGAGACUACGAACGUGCCAAACAUAUAGCGACCACGAGGGUCUUUCGCAACAAUCGUUGGUGAUACAGAUACCCAAGUACCAUAAGCAGUACCAUCUCCCAGACGGACGCUUUUCCGGAGCCGUGAAAGCGGAAAAAGCAAAGGCUGAAACAUUGGGUUUGAGCCAAUUUUGUUGUAGUGCCUCCAUUGGAGUUUCGCGCGCUCAUAAUAUGAGAUUCUUGCACAGGAGAGGGCAUACCCAACAAGCUUCUGUCUCGGAUUUCGUUGCCUUUUCAUUCACAAAACCUGCAUUAACCAAAGGAUCAGAAAAACGAUCACGAUCCAUUUCACCAAGUCGGUUCAGAAUCAAGCGAUCAGGGUCAGGGUCUGCUGCUAAUCAAUUCAGCACUCCAAGCUUUCCAGCGAUGCGAUCUGGAUCUUCUAUUCAUCAAUCCAUCAGUCCAAGCAGUAGACAGCAAAAUCCGGCAGAGGGUUGGAGAUCGCAUUCGUUGUAUCCUGAAAGAGAAAAAAGAAAAGAUAUCGAAGUUUACUCCAAGAAAACUAGAAACCUUUUCAAAGCAUUGCUUAGCAUGCACAAGUACAAGAACGAGAGCGGACCCCCCUAUCGAUAGCGUGUACACCAAUGACACCAUUUUGCCGAUUUCGAAGCUCCAACCGCAGGCAAAAAGAACUGCCAUAUUCCGGCAUAUAUGUCGGGUGGUUCGAGUUUAAAUUUAUUUUGGUGUUUUUACUGUGUUUUGGUUGGUGAUGGUCUUAGUCAACCUUUAUCUACUAAAUAAGAAAUUGGACUAAUACCAAAAUGUUCGAGUUUCUCAAACGGUCAUUUUUACUCUUAAAGCAAGAUACAACGGGGUA